UACCCACGGUUUGUCCUCUGUGAUACAACUAAGUAACCAUCUCUUUCCUCUCCGCACCUGAAUUUCAUGUACAAAUUUGUGAUGAAAUAAUUUCAGUAUAAUAUAAUAUGGCGGGAAAACGUCCAGCUCAUCCUUCAAUCAAAGCAAACUGACUACUACGUUCACGAAUUAUUUUAUCACUGGGACCUAACUCGUUUUGGUUUUGGUUUUGUUUAAUGCAGAGAAUAUUGGCGACGAACAAAUCAGCAUCCAACCGCUCAUUAUUUACGCAACGAAUAAUUGGACCACAUGUUUAUCUUCGGGAAUGGAUUCGAAAGGAGAUCAAUGGUGGGGCGUUUUUCUUCGUUAUUAUACUGAAGAUUCGUCUUUUCGCCUCUCUCUUUCUGGUCCUCGCCAUAAGGUUCUCAAGCAGUUGGUGUUGCCUGAAAGGAACAAGUCAAUUCCAGCUCUGGAAGGUAGUUAGAAAGGAGGAAAAAGCUUGCUUCUCCGCUUAAACAAACUAAGAAAUGGGGGCAUCAGGAAUGAUGUGCGACGCCAUGGAAGCAGUGGAGCAAAUUGGGGGUGGAGCCAUCAUCAAUGGCGUCUGCAGUUGGGACGGAAUUCCGCACUCGACUCGCACAGUCGACCCAAAACUCAGCCUCCCCGAUAUUUCUCGUCGUGUUAUGGACUUGUGCAAAGAACUAUUCAAGGGAUGGUCAGAACUUGAUGACUGUUGCUUCACUGUUGAGAGAGUUUCUGGCGGUAUAACAAAUCUAUUGCUAAAGGUGUCCGUUAAGGAUGUCAGUGGAGACGAGAGCAGAGUAACGGUUAGAUUAUACGGACCAAACACCGAUUAUGUCAUUGACCGUGAGCGCGAGUUGCAGGCUACUAAACACCUGUCAGCUGCAGGAUUUGGUGCGAAAUUGCUUGGAGUGUUUGGGAAUGGUAUGGUGCAGUCUUUUAUCACUGCACGCACUCUAAAACCAGCAGACCUGAGGGUGCCAAAUUUGGCUGCUGCUAUUGCUAACCAACUCCGCCGGUUUCAUGCAGUGGAAAUCCCAGGAUCCAAGGAGCCUCAGUUGUGGAAUGACAUAUUCAAGUUAUAUGAGAAUGCAUCCAUUCUGCAAUUUGCUGAUGCCGAGAAACAAAGAAUCUACGAGACGAUCUCCAUGAAAGACUUCUAUGGUGAAAUCAUCGAAAUCAAGGAAUUGACAGCACUUGUGAACUCUCCAGUGGUGUUUGCUCACAACGACUUGGUAUUCGGGAAUCUCAUGUUUAAUGAUGAAGAAGAGAAACUCUACAUGAUAGAUUUUGAAUAUGGGGCAUACGGUUAUAGAGGCUUCGACAUUGCAAACCACUUCAUUGAGUAUGCAGGCUAUGAUUGUGACUACAACUUAUACCCCAAUUUAGAAGAACAGUAUCACUUCUUCAGGCAUUACUUACAACCUGGGAAUCCGCACGAGGUGUCCAUAGAGGAGCUUGAAGCACUCUAUGUAGAGUCCACCACUUUCAUGUUGGUGUCACACAUAUUCUGGGCACUCUGGGCUCUAAUCCAGGCGAAGAUGUCUCGGAUCGAUUUCGAUUACUUGGGCUACUUUUCGGUGCGAUACGAGGAAUACAAGAGGCAGAAGGAAACAUGCUGUUCACUGGCUCGAUCUUAUGUUUCAGGAAUGCCCAGAAGCCUGUCUUUCUGAGUAUUGUUUCAUUAUUGCAAUAAAAUGUAAAUUGUGUUUCAAAUAGAGUUAGUAGUAGGCAGGACAAGCUGCUAAAAACUCAAGCCAACUUCGUUCUGUUAAUAAGCCAGAUCUUGUGCUACUGCAAAUCUCUGAAAUGUGGCGUGCACUAAUAAAAUCUUCUGUCGCAACGCCCAGUUCGCAUUAUUUCUUGCUAAGCUAAAAGUUUGAUUCUUGGGCAAUGAUAUCUAUUAGAUAUUGUCUUCUUCUGAAAAAAAUUGAAACCCAAAUUAUAACCAAUGAGUUAUAAUUCGUUAUAUUUUAAUGAAAAAUAUAAUUGUAUAACUUAAGAUUACGAAAAUGAUGCGAAUCCAAAGUUCCAAACCAACUCGUAGUUUUCUUUUCUGUUGAUGAAUCUUGUUAUAUUUUUCAAUUGAAAACACGUUUAAUCCAACACACUUAGUCACAUAUCACCCAAAAAAUUUCUUUUUCAUAGAUAGUGGUUUCACAUAGAUAGAUAGUCACAUACCACCACCCUAAUUGGAGGCACAUAAAGUAUAACAAUUUAUCAAAAAAACACAGCGAAAAUUUGCAAAAGAUUCCGUGCCCAUAUUUGACGGUGACCGCCGGCAAUACUUUAUAGAGGAAAAGCUCGACCGUCGAUCAAGCGAUGGACGGCAUCUGUACUGACUGUGCACCAAGGGACCAAUGUACUGAUCAAUAUCGCGAGUACUAACGCGUACUAAUAUUCUCCCAUUGGGACUUGUUUGCGUCACGUUCUGGCAAACGCAAUUACGCAAUAGAUACAGAGAGAGAGAGGAGGAGAGUUGGACACAAAUACCGUUCUCCUUCCAGCCCCAAUUCGUUGCUAUAAAAUCCCCCAACUGCAACCUUUGAAAAUCAACGACAGAGGGAAAAGGAAAUAGAAGAGAACCAAGUCUUCGUUGCGAUCGUCUCAUCGGUUUCUCCUCUUUCCGUUGAAUAUCUUCUACAGAAACCAUGUCUCAGGUAUCAACUCCCAUCACCGUGCCCCUGAUUGGAUUGGGUUGUUCUGUUUAUCUUUGCGUAUCACGUAGUCGAUUCGCUUGUUGAUGUUGUUGUUGUGGUUUUUGGGUCUGAAUAUUUGAUGGGCGACGCUUAGUUAGAGGUUGGUUUGUUGUAAUCCUAGGAAAUUGAGAGUUUCUUCUGGAGGGAUUAUGUUCUGGGUUGUUGGGUUCCUGAUAAAUCUUUUUGUAUCCCCUGCUCCACAAUUUGAUCGCGUGAGUUGGGGGAAAAGGGUACCUCACUCCAUUCGAUAACCAGGGGGUCUGGUGCAA